AUGGGACUGUAUCAAACUUGGGGACCUGAUCCCAUCCUAGAAAGUAGUGGUUCUAUCCAACCUAGUCUUAGAUUCGGUCAUACUGUUGUUGCUUGGCGUGGUCGAGGUUGGCUUUUCGGUGGAAGAAUGCAACAGCGAGUAUGCCCUAAUCAGCUGUACAUGUUCGAUCCUGGUUCGAAGUUUCUCUGUCAAUCGGUUAGUCGGUCUGCAUUGUCCGGUAGCCUAAAAUUAAAUCAUACUUUCAAUGCUAAAAAGCUUCAUCCUCCCUGUUGGGCUGAAGUAAGAGGUACGGUUGGUAGCGUACCGAGUGCUCGAGAUGGUCAUUCAGCUACUGUUUUAGAAGAUGCAAUGUUUAUAUUUGGUGGCUUCGAGGAUAUCUUUAAUAAUUAUGACAAUUCAGUUUAUCGACUGGAUUUCAUUACUUGGAACUGGACACGUAUAGAAAUUCGUGAUGAUUUGUUAUCGUUUUCAGAUCUUUCCCUUAGCAUUCCAUUCGAUACGAAUAGGAGUCGACAAUUCGGUAUAGACUCCGCAAAAAUAUUUGAAUGGCAUUGGAAUGAUAACAUAUCACAUGAUCAAACAUCCCAUCCUAGAACUCCUUUACCUCGUGAUUUCGCAUGUCUUACUAGUCACCAAGGUCGUAUAUUUCUACCUGAAUUCUGGGCAAAUUCUCCCUCUCGUCCAUGUUGUUUGUGGAAAUUUAUUCAUAGUAAUGUAGAAAACAGAUCAUAUACACCAAAAUAUGAUAAACUAACAUCAAACUAUCAUUCCCGUUGGUCAAGUGGUUAUGCAGUUUGGAUAAUUCGUCAUCCAGGUCAUGGUUUACAAUCACCAGAAGUUCUGCUUUCACAAAUAUUCAAUAAAGUUAAUGGAUUCACAUAUGAUCCAAAGUCAUCAUUUGUGGAGUCGUCGUCAUCAUCAACAUCAUCAAAGUUAAAUUCACCUUACGGACGGUCCUACAAUGGUAAUUUAUAUAUUGCCUUUGGUGCUGUUCGAUCACAGACAGGUCAAAGUCUCCAGCUACACUAUCAAGAUGUUUGGCGCUUCAAUUUGUCUACCUUGUCUUGGAUACAACUUUCCUAUAUGCCUAGUAUGAAAUCAUCAAAUCUGCACAUCCAUCUACCUUCUGCCCGUAGACGUGCUGUAGCGUGUCUAUAUAUGGCUCCACCUAGUACUCAUCGCGAUUAUAAUCCCACGUUAAUCAAACAACAACCUCGGGUAUUUGUAUUUGGUGGAACACAACCAAGAGCACUUAAUGAGAAAAUAUCUCUUGUCAACAAUAAUGGCCAUAACGAUUCACGAUCUACCAACGAGUAUUCAACAUCCUUUGGAAUGCUUCCUCAUAGAAGUUUAUUCAGUCUGAAUUGGGGUAAUAAUCGAACUCAGAAUGAAGUACUUGGCUUGAGAAGAACCAGUUCCUCAUUGAAAUCAUUUGUUUCAAUUUUAUGCGUCCAAUCGACUUCUCCGAUUCCUGAUCCUGAUCAUGGUAAUGUCAUAUCUUCAAAUUCUACCACAAAUUCAUCUCUGUCUACUUCUGCAACACCAUCGUCGUCCUCUUCAUCACCAUCAAAUACGCCAGUGACAACUUUCUAUCUUAUUAUUAUCAUUCCAUCCUAUUUAUGCAAUUCUCAUUUAUUAAAUGGUUUGAUUCCGUUGCUAAUUAAUGAUUUUAUCCUGUUGUCUAACUUAUUUGUUAUAAGCUUUGAUGAAUUGUCUCAAUUAUUUAAUCUAACAACUAACACAUCUGAUAAUAAUAAUAAUAAUGAUUCGCCAUUUAUUAAAUAUUUCCAAUCUAUACAUUCUCAUCAAUUCAAUCACAUGAAUCCACAUAGUACUAGCAACAACACCAGUAAUAAUAAUAAUAAUGUUACUGUUGAUGAAACGAUCCAUCUAUUUCAUUUGGCCUGGUUAACUAUAACAAAUAUGUUCUCCGCUCAUAAAACAACGAGUCGCAGUGAUAUUAGUAAUGAUACCAGUUGUGAAAGGAAUUCUACACCCUGUUCAUUAUCAAAAUUUCAUAUUAUUUUUGUUGCAAACUGUCCAAUGUCACCUGGUUGUCUUUUGUUUAACUCCGAAACAAAUCAAAACUACAAACCUUUAAUAUUAAAACAAUACACAUUUUCUCAAAAUUCACAUGAAAUAAUUAAUUUAGAAAAACCAUGUUGUAUUAAUCAUGCAUCUGAUAUAUACACAUCAUCACAGCUAAUUAAUACCUGUCUCAAUUCAGUGAUUUAUGGAUUGUUCGAAGCGGUAGAACGUGGAUUAAAAUAUACAUAUUCCAAGUGUCCUACUACAACAACUAAUUCAUUGUCAUCAACAGUGUGCAAUUCUACUAUGUUUCUUAGUGAUGAUGAUGACGAUGAUAAUGAUAGUCAACAUCAUCAUAAUUUCUUAACUUAUAAAACAUUUUUUAUAUACUCUGAUAUUGAUAUGGAAGAAUUGGAAAAUUAUGCAACUCAUGUUUAUAUUGAUGUAAAUCAGAUAACAUCUUAUGUUAAAACUAGUACCUUAGAUGUCAUUUAUAAUGACAUUAAUAAUAAUAAUAACAAUAAUAAUAAUAAUUCAUUCUUCUCAUCAUCAUCCACUUCAAAAUCGACUUAUAACUCCAAUAUACUAUCUUAUCCAAAUAAAAACUCUGUACAACAGACUGUAGCAUCCGUUUUAUUGAAAUAUUUACAUUUUAUUCAAACUUCAUUUCAUUUAAUAUUUGACGAUAAUAAAUUGUUAUUGAAUCAACAAGAAAUUUUACAACCUUUAUACACAGAUCCUGUUCAUUUAUACAGUGACAACAAUAGUAAUACAUUUUCGACGCCUCCUGUACAUUUCACAAUAAGAGAUUCGUCUACUGUAAAUUCAACUAGUGAUAUUUCCGGUAGAUAUUUAGAGUCAUCUACAUCAAAUAAUAAUACUUCGCACGUCGUAUCAGGAUCUUCACAUUAUUUCCUCAGUGAAAGACUUGCGUUAGAAAUACUCAACAAUGAGAAUAUUUUCAAUUUUACAGGAAUUGACAUGUACAGUGGUGGUAGUAGUAACGAGAAUUUUUUACUUUAA